UUUAUGUCAUCGUCUUUGGUGCUCAUCUCCCCCAAACUUACACGAUUUUUUCGUGAUCCCAGAAGGCUUGCAGAACGCUAACCACCAUAGACUUACAGACAUGGCGGAGUUCACAUGUGUGUCUCCCGUUAAAGAGCUUCAUGCGGAACAAACUGUGAACGAGACGCACAUCAAAGAGGAGGAGACAGGAGACACUGGAUGGCAGCAGGAUGGACAAGAGAACGUGCUGUGCCAGGAAACGUACAGUGAGGACCAGGAAACACGUGACUACUACCACGCAACCCAACCAACCGGACAUCCUUGGGACGGGACUUACAACAGUUGGGAGCAGACAACAGACACGGGGCGGCAGCAGGACGAGGAAAGGGACGCUCCAAAUAACGAAACGUGCGGUGUAAAAGCAGAAAUGGAAGAGUCCAGCUGUGAGCUUUCUACUGGAGAACUGUGUGCUGGGCAUCCUGGGAAGGAGAUAGACUGCACGGGAAUUCCUGGGAAGGAGAGUGACAGCAGGGAGACCCAGAGAACAGACAUGGGCCUGCAGCAGAUGUGUGACCGGUGUGACUAUUCUGCUGCAGAAAAACUCACUUUGGACAUCCAUCUAAGAAAACACACUGGUACCGGUGAGAGACCCUACAUGUGUGGGGAUUGUGGGUACAGGACAGCACAUAAGCACCAAUUAUCCCGACAUAUGAGAAUCCACACAGGGGAAAGACGUUACCUGUGUGAUCAGUGUGGCUAUUCCGCAACAGAGAAACAUCAUUUAAUCUACCAUCAGACAAGACAUUCCGGUGAUAAACCGUACAUAUGUGAGGAGUGUGGGUACCAGACGGCUAAGAAGUCUGACUUAUCCCGACAUAUGAGAACCCACACAGGGGAAAAACCCUACAAAUGUGACCAGUGUGACUAUUCUGCUGCACGGAAGUCUUCUUUGAAUGAACAUCUACAAGUACACAGUGGUGAGAAACCCUACAUGUGUGGUGAGUGUGGGUACAGGUCGGCUAGAAAGCACCACUUAUCCAAACAUAUGAGAAUCCAUACAGGUGAAAAACCCUACAAAUGUGACCAGUGUGACUAUUCUGCAGCACGGAAAGGUGAUUUGGACAAACAUCUAGUAAGACACACCGGUGAGAAACCCUACAUGUGUGGUGAAUGUGGGUACAGGUCAGCUGAAAAGUCCGACCUAUCAAAACACAUGAGAACCCACACAGGGGAAAAACCUUACAAAUGUGACCAGUGCGACUAUGCGGCAGCAGUAAAACAUAAUUUGAUCGACCAUCAGAAAACCCAUUCCGGUGAGAAACCCUUCAAGUGUGACCAGUGCGACUAUUCUGCAGUAGAUAAGUCCAAGUUGAAACAACAUCAAGUAAAACACACUGGCGAAAAACCCUACAUGUGUGGGGAGUGUGGGUACAGGUCAGCGAAAAAGUCCGACCUAUCAAAACACAUGAGAAGCCACACAGGAGAAAAACCUUACAAGUGUGAGCAGUGUGACUAUUCUGCUACAGAUAAAUCCAAGUUGAAACAACAUCAAGUAAAACAUACUAGCGAGAAACCUUACAUGUGUGGGGAGUGUGGUUACGGGACAGCUUAUAGGUCUCACCUAUCCAGACAUAUGAGAACCCAUACAGGGGAAAAACCCUACAAGUGUGACCAGUGUGACUAUUCUGCUGCAGAAAAACACCAUCUCAUCGACCAUCAGACAAGACAUACCGGCGAGAAACCCUACAUGUGUGGGGAGUGUGGGUUCAGGACAGCUCAUAGGUCUACCUUAUCAAUCCAUAUGAGAACCCACACAGGGGAAAAACCCUACAAAUGUGACCAAUGUGACUAUUCUGCUUCAGAUAAAUCCUCUUUAAACCGACAUGUAAGUACGCACACCAGUAAAAUGACCUAGAUGUGAAAAGUGUACUGGAACAAGGCAACUGAAAUGUCUAAAAAGUCAAGAAUUUAAGAACCCACACAGGAGGUAAAAACAUAUUAUAAGUGUUAUCAGUGUAACUACUUUGCAGCUAGCUACGAAAUCUCAUCUUUAUCUACUUUUUAUAUACCAAAAAAACAAACAAAUCCACAAAUGUGACAAAUGUACAGCAAACAGCUUCACCUACCUACAUAGUCUCUUGACCUUCAGGUCAUGGGGGUGGGGUGGUAGUCAGCUUUAUCUUUUUAAACUGUAAGAGCUCAUACAGGCGACAGCUGUAGAGGUUCACUUUGAACUGCAGGUAGGUGUCGCUGCUAACAAUGCAGUCCCAAACAUAAAGUACUGCCACAUACAUAGAUAUAGAUAUACCUAAAACUCUAUAGAUGUAGGUACAAUAGAUAUAGUCACACCUAAAACUGCAUAGAUGUAGGUUUUGUACCUAAGAUAGUAGCCAUGAUAGAUGUGCUCCUUUCUUAUGUGUUGACCGCUUA